ACGGAGGAAGUUCUCUUUUUUUUUUUGACGAAAUUCCCUGCUAGACUGCUUGACCUCCUCCCUCCUACUUCACUACCGCUGACGACCCACGUCAAAAGCCAAACCAAAACCAAAACCAAAACCACCACCACCACCUCCGACGACGACGACGACGACCAUCCAUAAAGCUCCUCCGCCACCAUCUCUCUCCCUCUCCAUGCCGCCGCCGCCGCCGCCGCCGACGGCAGCCACCGCUAGCCCCUGAAGCUCCGAGAUGGGGAUGAUCGGCGGGUGCGGCCUUCUCGGGCCGUUCUUGAUCGCGCUCGCGGGGUGGCUCGUCCUCGUCGACUCGGCGUGCAGCAACACCUCCACCGCGACGGCCGCCGCCGCCGCCGCCGACGACCACGAUCUCGCCUCCAGGGCCUUCGCCUCCGUCUCCGGCUUCAACUCUUCUUGGCUCCGCUCCGGCCCCGGCUCCGCCUGCUCCUCGCCCAUCCACAAAAUCCGCCUCCCCUCCCGGAACCUGAGCGGGACCGUCGCGUGGAAGUACCUGAGGGCCAUGAAGGGCCUGCGGGUCCUCGACCUCUCGGGCAAUUCGCUGCACGGCUCGGUCCCCGGCUGGUUCGUCUCCGCCGCCCCGAGCCUCGCCGAGCUCAACCUCUCCUCGAACCGCUUCGGCGGCGGCGUCGCCUUCGACGCGGCCCCCCGGAACGUUUCGUCGUCUUCUCCGUUGCGGGUCCUCGACCUGUCCCGCAACAGGUUCACCAACUUGGGCAACUUCUCGAGCUUCUUCUCGAGCCUCCGUGUCCUCGACCUCUCCGGCAACGACCUCCGGGCCUUCCCCCUCGGCCUCUCCGAGCUCGCCGCGCUCGAGCGGCUCGACGUCUCGGGCUGCAACAUUUCCGGCGACCCGCGACCCGUUUCGUCCCUCAAGUCCUUGAAAUACCUGGAUCUUUCGAGCAACUCGCUGACUGGCGUCUUCCCGGACGAUUUCCCUCCGCUGGCCGGCCUCGCGUUCCUGAACGUCUCGCUCAACGACUUCACCGGCCGGGUCGGCCCCGAGACUCGCCGGAAGUUCGGGGACUCCGCGUUCCUCCACGCCGGCACGAACCUCGUCCUCGAAGACGACGUUCCGAAGCCCCCGACCCCGGCGACGAGACACCGCAACUCGACGCGCCCGGCUCCCCGACCCACCACGAAACUAUCCGCGAGCAAGAGACCCGAGCCGCGCAAGAGGCGGCUGGCCCUGAUUCUGGCCCCGACGACGGCGUCCCUGGUCGUCGCCGCCGCUUUCGCCGCCGCUUGCUGCGCCUGCGUAAGGAGGAGGAGGGCCAUCGCGAGGAGGAAGAACAAGUGGGCGAUAUCGGGCCCGGCCCGGCCCGAGUUCAGGAUGGAGAGGGCGUCCGGGCCGUUCGCGUUCGAGACGGAGUCCGGGACGGCGUGGGUGGCGGACAUAAGGGAGCCGUCGUCGGCGGCGGUGGUGAUGUUCGAGAAGCCGCUGAUGAGCCUGACCUUCCGGGACCUGAUCGCCGCCACGUCGGGGUUCGGGAGGGAGUCGCUGCUCGGGGAAGGGCGGUGCGGGCCGGUCUACCGGGCGGUGCUGCCGGGGGACCUCCACGUGGCGAUCAGGGUGCUCGACGGCGCCAGGGCCGUCGACCACGGCGGCGCCGCCAGGGUCUUCGAGGGGCUCGCGAAGCUCAAGCACCCGAACCUGUUGCCCAUCUCCGGCUACUGCAUUGCCGGCAAGGAGAAGCUGGUGUUGUACGAGUUCAUGCCCAACGGGGACCUGCGCCAAUGGCUCCACGAGCUCCCCGCCGGGGCGCCCAACGUGGAGGACUGGAGCACCGACACGUGGGAGCAUCCCGGCAGCGAGACGUCCUCCCCGGAGAAAGCCAAUUGGCUCGCGCGGCACCGCGUCGCGGUCGGGGUCGCCCGGGGCCUCGCCUACCUCCACCACGCGGGGUCCGCCCACGGCCACCUCGUCGCCUCCAACGUCCUCCUCGGCGACGGCUUGGAGCCCCGGAUCUCCGACUUCGGGAUCCAGGAUUUCGGGAGCGGGAAGGGGGGAAUUGAAUGCGCCGGCGCCGGUCCGGCCCCGGAGGCGGACGUUUACUUCUUCGGGAUGAUCUUGGUGGAGCUGUUGACGGGGAGAGAAGGGAGCGAGGAGAGCUUGGCGUGGGCGAGGAGGCUGGUGAGGGAAGGGCGCGGCGAGGAGGCGCUCGAGAGGAGGCUGAGGGUCGACGGCGGCGGCUCGGUGAGCGAGAUGGCGGAGUGCCUCCGCGUCGGGUACCUGUGCACGGCGGAGUCCCCCGAGAAGCGGCCCACCAUGCAGCAGGUCGUGGGUCUCCUCAAGGACAUCCGCCCCCACCUGAGUUAACAAGUCGACAGUCUAUUCAAGUCCUCAAACUCGGGUUUUCGCCGCG